AUGCUUCGUCUCGUAAUCGAUGCGUUCGCAGUUGAGACUCUCAUUCAGCGAAGAAGUCGUUGCCGAGUGACCAAAGCUCCGGUCGCUUGUAAAUCGUCAGGGGUCGUCACAGCGGCGUAUCUGCCCUGCUGCAUGAACAGCAUGCGUCAACGGCAAAGCGGUCUGUCAGUGCGGGUGACCGCACCGGUCAGUCCGCGAUUGUACCGUCCGUUGGCUGACAGUUGGUGUGCGACUUCGGAUGGCACAUGGCGGCAUCGCUCAAUGAGUACCAGAUUCCUCGCUGUCGCUGUGAACGCAAUGAAACGCAGUAAGUUUGUAGGUGAAUUGUCGUGUUAUAUCUUAAUCACGAGGACCGCCGAUUUUUUUUGUGGAAUGAAGUGCUGA